AUGCCUCCUAAGAAACGCAAAGCCGUGAAGCGAAAGACAGAGACCACCGUCACCACGCCGGCAGCCGUGGCAGCGGCAAAGAAGAACUCCCCGAAGGCAGUGAAAAAAAUCCCGCCAAAGCCAACAACAGCCAAGAAGCGCGCGGUGCAGCGACUCCGCACCUCACCAGCCUCGCGGGUGGUCUCGAAAGCGGCAACACGGAAGGCAAUCGUUGUGAAGGCCACCGCAGCUGCUGCCAAAGCGAAGCCGGUACGAACGCCGAGCAGCAGCGGCAGCCACACAUGUAGUGGUGCCUCAUCACAGCACUCGACUAAGACGCCAGAGAGUCGUCAGACAGCUGAGAAGACCGCCGCCCCUAGCACAGUAAGGCGAAAGUCAUCGCCAUCGCCGUCACCGCCUGCUGCAACGAGAGCAGCGGCCGUGGCAAAGCCGGCACCAACCACCGGGACACAUCGAAGGAGGUCCACAGCCAAGCAGCCGCCUCAGACAGACGAAGAGCUCGACGAUGGCCGCAUCACCAGCCGCGCCGAAGAGAACAAGGCGGCGCAGACUGACAGAAAGGAUGCGCAUGAUGAUACGGCGGCGGCACCAUCAAGACCAACAGCACUGACAUCGACGGCGACGCGAGCGGCGCCGUCCAUCGUCGUGGUAAUUGUCAACGAGAAUAAGAGCGAAGACGAGGACAGCGAUGACGACGACACGAUUCUCUUCCGCAGUGGCGUGGACGUCGCUGACAUGGUUGGCGCCACAAGGAGCAGCGACGGCGCUCGCCAGAGUCACCGCGACGCUCUGCCGACGCUGCCUCACGUCUCACUCAUGGCGUCGACUGCCACAGCAGUGGAGCAGCGCCUCGUCUCGUCCCCAGAGAUCUCACCAACUCAUCCCCUUCACCUCCUCCACCGCGAAGCUGGGGGUGGUGGGAGCAGCAGCGCCACCCUAGAUCUUCGCCGGUGUACGACACCCCCAUUGCAACCGACCGAGCGCGGCGCUGACAGUCUAAGCCGUCAAAGCCCUGAGAGCAGCCCAGAGGCCCUCAUGGCAGACAGCGAGAGGAAGUCCAGCAGCCACCGGUGGCAGCGGCAGUUGUUAGCCAGUGGCACCCCAGCCACGCAGCAUCUGCUCCAGGAGAACGAGAAAGGCGAGGAGAUGCUGCAAGACGACGGCGAUAGACACGGUGGCACUUCCCCCGUGCAUGCAACGGAGACAGUCAAGCAGUUGUUCACUCAACCUGCACGCUCCAUCUCACUCACCCCAACAUCCGCAGAUGACUCGCUGAAUGGCACCCUCAUCAUGGGCCGCGGCAGCGAGGAGGACGGCCUCGAGGAAACAGACGCUCAGGCACUUCACCGACGACAGCAGCAACGCCAUCAAUACCAGCCAUGUCCUCUGGGUCUCAGCAACAUCGCCACACGCGGUGACAGCGAGAGCCAAUGGAGCGUGGAGAGAGGGACCAAGGGGCCGCCGCUGCCGCCAGGCUCGGCCACAGCCGCCACAUCGCCUCGACUACCCUCACUGGUGCCACGUGACGGCAGCGGCACCGAGGAACAUCGUUGUGGCACAUCAUCGUGGUUAUUGUCGACGCAGUCGUCAGCAUUAAAAGACGACGAGGUUCUGUCGUCGCAGCAGCCCAAAACUGCGGCGUCUGUCGCUCCGUCCUUCCCCGCCCCGGCGGGACACCUGCGGAUGGGUGGCAACACGAGCCGCCAGCACUCUCCCUCAGCCUGCUCGUACGCGUGGCUGAAGCAGACACCGGGUGGGGGCGUGGUGGAGGCGAGCCACCCCGCUGCGCCGCUACCCUCCGCGACCCCGUCCUCCUUCCCUACUCACCCGCUCUUCCAGCAGCAGCAGUGGUUAUCAUACGCAUACCCUAACCUGAGCUUCACCUCCCCAUCCUCCUCUCAGCUCACGCGACUCGCGGAUAUGGAGACAACUAGAGCGGCCGACGCCGACGUGGAAGAGAGUCAGGCCCCGACGGCGACAACCCCGCAGCGGCAGCGACGGCGAGAACCUCCUGUGUGGCGAUCCCCGCAGAUUACGCGGCUGCCCAAAUCAUUAAGCGUCUCACCGACGUCCCGGCGCGGUGACAGUCGCGAGGGCGCUGUGAAGGCUAGCGCCGCCUUGCCCGCGGCCCAACUACCAUCACAGACGCAGCCUGUCGCAUCCUCUGCGUCUCCAGCCUCCAGCUCCAUUGGAGAAACAACACAGACGUUCACGCAGGCCUCUGCGAACGCGGCGGGUGGCUCGGAGGCCCCAUUGCCAGUAGUACCGAGUGGGCCGACCACAGCAUCAGCGGCCAGUCGACCAUCGACGCAGCUCAUUACGAAGGCGGCGGCGACGCGGCCCAUUGCCUCCCCGGGCACCAUGUGGAUCUGCUUGGAUGAUGACGACGAUAACGACAGCGAAGGCGAGGACGGCGUUGCGGAGGCAACGAGGGCGGUGCCACUCCACAACAGCAGCGAUUCCCUUCUCGUCUCCGUGAAGAAGGAAAUCGACGCGGAGGCGGACGGAGAAAAAACCGACGCAGUGCGGGUGCUGUCCGGGCAUGCAGCGCACUCCGGCACGUCGGCCUCGCCGUCGAGGUCGCCGCGUGAGCGGGGGAUGGCAGUAGGCGGAGGAGAACAGACAGAGGUCUAUGAGCGGCUGAGAAACCAAUGUCCCAGCCCGAGUAAAACAGAGAGCGGCGACGCUGUCGUUCGCGCUGACCAAUCGAGUGUCCCUGUCUCAUCCCCAGCGCAGGCCCUCCGCCGGCCACCAGCGGAGAAGAGCCACCCCAUCGCCGAGAUUUUGCCACCGACCUUUCGCCCCCGUCGACGUCCACCAGACACGUCUGCCGAUCUUGCACUCUCACUCGGCACUGGAAGUGCCGCCCAGCAGCGGCUAUCAAGUGGGCUGGGGCCUCACUGCUACAUCAACCUAGACGACGACACGGAGGAGGAGGACGAGGACACCAACGAAGCGCCGCCGCGUCAGCGCACUCGAGACGCACCCCCGUCGCUUGCGCUGUUUCACACAUCGCCAGUCACGGGCGGAGAGGUACAUGCUCAGCUGUCACUACCGUUGAUUAUCGAUGAUGACGACGACGACGGCACCCCAGAAGGUGACGGCGAGACGCACAUGACGGAGUCUGGUAGUCUGGAGGUGGAGAGGGAUGCAAUAUCGCUGAAGACACCAAAAACUGCGAGAGAUGCUCGUGUGGAAAGGGCGAAUGAAGUUGUUGCCAACGAGGAGGAUGACGACGGACUGCUCAAGAGUCCACAGAAGCCACAUGUGAAGGACUUUAUCUUCCCAAACCGGCUGGAUCCAGGGAGGCGCCCCUCCAGCCCCCUCUACCGGAGCAUCCACGCAUACCAGCAGCAGCUACAGCAGCUGGCGCAGGGUAAGGGAGAAGAACACGCGGCACGGCGCGUUGCCGCCGCCGCCUUGCUGCCGCAGGAAGGCGACAACGCAGACUGUCAUCAUCUACCACAGACCACUGUAAUUCCUGUGGCAACCAGAGACGUGACGGGCGCCGCCGCCGACGUUGCCGCGGCUGGCCAAGUUGCCCACAAGCGCAGUCGCGCGAAGAGCGCCAAGACUGGGGCCGCAGUGUCCACCCCAACGCUCCCGGACUGGGGCCGCCCAGCCGACGCGCUCCUGCGCGACUUCUUUCAUACCAAACCCACCAAGAGGAACUUCAUGGAGGCGGCGCGGAAUGUGCUCUCCCCGAUGCACUUUCUCCACCCUGGCGACUUCUGGGCCGCUUUUGCAUCAGCUGAGUUCGUCGGGGAGGGGAGCUUUGGGUUGGUGUGGCGCUGUCUCACGGUGGAUGGCGACCUCGUCGCUGUCAAGUCAUGUCCAAUCAUCCUGCGCACCAAGGCGAACAUUGAAGACUCCUUUUCCACGAUACGCGAGAUUGCCACGAUGCGCUUCCUGAACGAGAUGCAGGUACCCUACAUCCUUCCACUGCACAGCGCCUUCUUUGUCCACGGGCAGGAGGCGCUGCCGCCUCUGGCGCAGGAGGCGCUGGACUGGCACCGGCAGCUGCGCAAGAGAGCGGAAGAAGCAGCGCUGGAGGUGGAAGUGCAGCUCCUCUCCCGUGGAGGGCACCGCCGCGCCUCGCACACAGCGGCGGAAGAGAAUGCCGAGGACGCACUACUGACGCUGGAGCAGCAAGUAGCAAUGCAGAUGGAGCGGCUUGCCUCUGAGGAGGGACCAGAGGAGCGGGCCACACGGGCGCGGCUGCAAUCGGUCCGUCUGCCACGUUUCCUCUCCAUCACCCACGACGACUUAAUCCAGAGCGACGCAACGGCGUUCCUCGUGAUGGAACUGUGCGACGGCGAUGUGGAGGGUAUCCCGCGCAGCGACGGCAUUGCAAAGGGCGUGGUGUACUGCGUGAGCUCGGCGCUCGCAGCGAUGCACGAACUGGGACUGCUCCACCUCGACCUCAAGCCGAGCAACAUUCUCUUCGCCUACGAGCACGGGCCUUCGCAGCAGAGGCUGCAGCCGCAGCAGCAAUUCAGCGCGUCGGGCACCACGAUGGACGCUAUCAAGUUCUAUCUUUCUGACUUUGGCAACUGCCGCCUCGUCGGCCCGGACCCCAUGGACGAAGUGCAGGACUCGUACGGGACCUUCGAAUACAUGGACCUGCGCGCGCUACGUGAAGCCGUGUGUGGACGUCCAACCGACGCCUUCAGCCUCGGUGCGACGCUGUAUGAGCUACUCUACGGUCGGCGGCUGUACCCAAAGUGUCGGAAUCCACGCUGCGGCAGUGACGGCGACCACUCACGCGAGUGCUUCGUAGAGGUGGCAAGCCAGCCUGUUCUGCUGCCUACAGUCGGGUCGCCCCCGGCAGCAGCAAUAGUGACGCCGACCACAACAAUAGGACUCAACGCCGCUGCCGGCGGACACGCGCACGGCCACCAUGCACAAGUUCGCACCAGUGGCAACAACAGCCUCAACACCAGCGGCCCCUCUCUUACACCGCUGCAGUACCUCACACUGGCGCUGCUGCGGCAGUCCUGGGCGGAGCGCAUGGCAGCUGAGGAGUGCCGCCGCUACCUUGUGCAAACCUACAACAUCACCCAAACAGAAGACGUGAGUCCCUAA